GCACCAGGCCGGUCCUUGACGACAACAUAAUCCUCGCUCGUCGAUAAGCACGACGACCACCACCAUUCUAAUCCGGAACCCCCCUCCAAACCGAUAAUCAAGAUGUCCGACCCCUUUGGAGCCGAGGCCGAACUAAUCAACAUCGAGAGCCACUUCUACCAAGGCCAAUACCAAGAAGUCAUCGACUUUGACACCACCUCCUUCUCGGCCGAGAAUGCCCUCCCCGCGCGCGUUCUCCAGCUGCGCGCGCGCAUCGCGCUCGGACAAGCCGAGGACGUGCUCGCCGAAGUUGCGGGAGAAAAGAAGCCGGAACUCGAGGCGGUGGGUGCGUUGGCGCAGCUGAAAGCGGGUGACGCCGAAUCGGCCGUGGAGACGAUCGAGCAGCUGGCGGCCACGGACGCGGGUGAAAUCGGUAUUGUCCAGGUCGUGGGCGGGACGGUGCUGGCGGCGGCGGGUAAAGCCGACGAGGCGCUGGCGCUGCUGCAGAGGCACCAGGGCAACCUGGAGGCUGUCGCGCUGAUUGUGCACAUCUACCUGGCGCAGAACAGGACGGAAUUGGCGGUUAAGGAGGUGGCCAGCGCGCGGAGGCUGGCGCAAGAUAGCUUGUUGUUUAACCUGGCUGAGUCGUGGGUUGGGUUGAGACUGGGCGGCGACAAGUACCAACAAGCAUUUUACGUCUUUGAAGAGCUCGCACAAGCACCCGCUACCUCCUCCGUACGGAGUCUCGUCUCGCAGGCCGUUGCUGAGAUUCAUCUCGGCCGCACAGAGGAGGCCCAGGCUGCCCUGGACCAGGCGCUCAAGAAGGAACCCGGAUUCGCGGACGCCAUUGCGAACCAGCUCGUCUGGAGCGUCAUUACUGGACAAGAUUCGGCCGAGUACAAGGCUGCCCUCGAGCAGGCUGAUCCCAACCACCCCUUCUUGACCGAUUUGGCCGAGAAGAGCGACCUCUUUGACAAGGCGGCGACAAAGUAUAAGGCCAAGGUUUCUGCUUAAGCGAAUGUUUUGGGUGAGGCGAUGACGAACAUGAGAGAUAUCUUCUAAUUCACAAAAAAGGACAGGCGGGGGCGCAACAAGACGAAUGAC